GUCGCGAAUCGUGGUUUUUGUUGAAUCGGUUUAUCUUGUUCGUUCUCGUUCUCCUUUGGUUCUGCUUGUUUAAUUCUUGUUUUUUUUUUUGGUUAUUCGGCCGAAUAUGCCGAAUAUGGAACAAUGUUGAAGUGGCGCGGUUUAAAUCGUAGUCGGAUUCGCGCCGAGAUCGGUAGUGUCGUAAUUUGAAUGUAAAGUAGUAUCGGCUGUGUCGUUAGUGUCGAAGAUCGAGAUCUCGAAUUCUUGCGAUUCUCUGGAAUAGUGUAGGCGCGUUUCUGUUGCGCAGAAUACGGACGAUUGGGAAUUUAAACAGGUGUGUGCGGAAAUAAGGGUAUUCCAAUUAAACGUGUCAGAUAUGAAGGAAGAAACCACUUCUGAAGUCGGUGGGCAGUGUAGUUGUGUACCAGAGUGUCUUAUUUCGCGGUUGUGAACUCAUCGCAACGUGUAGAAAUCAUCUGAAGUAAUCACCACAUUUUUGUGCUCUGCGAAAUAAUAACUAGAUGGUCCCUUUAUCCAUCCCGGCAAUACAAGCUUCGUGAAGGACCACUCAGAAAAAUGAGCGCAGCCGUAGAAAACGGCGUGGAUGCCUCGAAGCCGCGCGGCGUUUUCUCGAGGGCGUUCGCUAAACGGGCGCAACCCUUCGAGGAAGCCCUCAAUACCUUAAACCGCUUAAACAAAGAAGGUGAAGCACUUGCCCUCCAGGAUGACCUCACAACGCACCCCACCUUGGCUUUGAUGCGACGCAUCCUCGCAGAUGCACAGGCAAAAUUUCGCGUGAUGGUGGAGGAGAACGCAGCGACGGGCGCCCGGCUUGACGGGGAGCUGGAACGAGCGAGGGGCGAGUGCGCCACGCUUCGAGGCGAGCUGAGGGACGUCCGUGGCGCUUUGCCGGUCGUGUUGAACAAUAACAACGGAGCUGGGAACAACAACGGUGGUAACACGAGCAACAACAACGCUGCGAACAAUGGCGGCAGCCCUGGACAGGAGGGUGGCGAUUCGCAGCAACAACAGUCGCAGGAGGAAGGGAAAAGGCUGAGCGCCGGAAGCAGCCCCGUGGAGAAGAGGAGCUCGGCCAGCGACAAGUCGGCCAGCCCUAUCGAUAAGAGAACCAGCCCCGUGGAUAGGAAGGAGAGAACGAGUCCCAUCGAUCGACGCGCAAGUCCUAUAGAGAAACGAAAUGGCUCGCCGAGUCGCAGCCCAAGCGAGAAAGCUCGACGGCCGUACGCCCCUGCGCUGGAGAAGACCCGACUCGGCGGUUCCGGCGGAAGCGUGGACUCCCGUUCCGGAAGCGCGAGCCCCGACCGAGGAUCCAGCAACAGGACGUUCUUUCAUCGCGGCGCCACCGAUCGAUCCAGCGUCGAGAGGCUUCGGAUAUCGACGAAUCGCGACUCGCUGCGAUCCACCAAGGAGAUGAACGACCACGAGAAGGACAUCGACAAGGAUCUCGUGGACGGCGAUGCGAGGGCCGAGGAGGACAAUGAACCACCUGGACCAGCCCCGGGCAGCAGACCCUCGUCGCCGGCUAAUUCCCUGGGAAUCGGUGAUCCACUGGUAGCAUCGAGAUUAUCAAACAUUCAUGGCGGGGGAGGUAGCACCGGUUCGGUGGAAUUGGCCAGCACGAGGCGACUACGGCUCGAGAACGAACGUUUGGUAGCUGAGGUAGCCAGAUUGAGAAGAUUGCUAUUCAGCGGAGCGGCACGCGGUGAAGUUGGCUCCGAGGAUGCGGCACUCGAGGACGAGGCACGAUUUGUUGCUCUUGAAAUGGAACUGCAACACGCCAAAGAAGCCCUCCAGGCACUUAAGGCCGAUCGCAAGAGGCUCAAGGCUGAAAAGUUCGAUCUUCUUAAUCAAAUGAAAGCACUCUAUGGCACCCUCGAGGACAAGGAGCGAGAAUUACGGGACUUUAUCAGGAACUACGAACAGCGGAUGCGAGAGAACGAGGCGACUUUAGGACGCCUUCAACAGCAAGGAGUCGGCAUACCUUCGGAGGAGCGCGAGCGCGAGAGGGAGAGGGAACGCUGGAGCCUUCUAAGGGCUGCAAGGGACGAGGCCGAUCGAAGUCUCAGCCUCGCGGCUAGUUUGGCCGACAAAGAGGCCGCCCUUUCGCACGCACACGCGACUAUAAAAGAGUUACAGCGUCAAUUGGCGGAAAGAGGUGGUGGCGGUGGUAUCUGCUUGAGCGACCAGGAAUCCUUGGUCUCGUUCCCGAGGGGCAGCGUGAAUGGGGCCGCGACACCGGGCGCAGGAAGUAGCAGCGGUGGCGGUGGCUGUGGUAUCAUCCCUCAUAUGAAUUCUCAACCGCCAUUAGGCAGCACAGAGCUAGGAGUGACCGUUGGGAACGUCGGCAAUGCGGCAGGUGUUGGCUCUUCCGGUGGGCAGGCGGGCGAUCGAGGAAGUUGCAGCGCGGAUAGCGGUGUUCGUGGAUCCAGCGACAGGGAGAGCGGCGGCGCGACCAGCGUGGGUGGCAAUCUUUCCGAUUCCACUACGGAUGGCACACCGACAAUUACGGUCGAGGGAAGCGGCCUCGACAUGGACAGCAUCUCCGUGGUUUCCUUCAUUGCACCAUCCCACAUGUACCAGUCAGCGACAACGCCAAAGGAUUGCAGCCCAACGUUGUCGCCUCUCAACGCUUUCUCGAGGUCUAUGGACAAUUCCUCGUUAUCGCGAUCGGUGGAACAGUUGUCAAGCCCGUUGGAAUCAGAACCGAGAAGAAACAAGCAAAACACACCUGUCGCGGCACCUGCCGCCCAUUCACGCUCCUCUGCAACUCGUGGAGGCACUUGGGGCUCUAUUUCGAGAGUGUUCGCCCGUACGCGGCAUCGAAAGGCAGCGAACAACUCGAGCGGCGGAAGCGGAAGUAAUGAGGGCUCUGACGGCUUCGAUCCCUACAGAUCAUGGUCACCGCUCACGGAGGAAGGCUACGCGGAGAAGCUUCGUUUGCUCAGAGAAGCCGCAUCCGUGCCCAUGGAACGAUGGAGGGCACCGACUGUGUUGGCGUGGUUAGAGGUUGCCCUUGGUAUGCCACAGUAUGGUCCACGAUGCGCUGAAAACGUUAAAUCUGGGAAGGUUUUACUGGAGCUAAGUGACGCAGAAUUAGAAGCCGGUCUCGGAGUGACACAUCCCCUUCACAGGAAGAAGCUUCGUUUAGCCAUCGAAGAGCAUCGACAUCCGAGUCUCGUUCGAUACCCGUGCAUUGCUCAAUUGGGUCACACUUGGGUCAGCUCGGAAUGGUUGCCUGACCUUGGACUCGCUCAAUAUUCCGAAAGUUUCGCAACUAACAUGGUGGACGCACGGAUGCUCGAUCAUCUGAGUAAAAAAGAACUUGAGAAGUUGCUCGGGGUGACCAGGAAAUUUCAUCAGGCCAGUAUCGUGCAUGGAAUUCAUCUGUUGCGAAUGCUGAACUACGAUCGUCAGGCACUCGCAGUCAGAAGACACCAAUGCGAACAAGUGGAUACAGAUCCUCUGGUUUGGACGAACCAAAGGUUCAUUCGGUGGGCAAGGAACAUCGAUUUGACCGAAUAUGCUGAGAAUUUGAAAGAUUCAGGUGUGCAUGGUGCUCUGGUCGUGUUAGAACCAUCCUUCACCGGCGAUACCAUGGCCACAGCUCUGGGUAUACCGCCUGCUAAACAGAUGAUCAGACGACACCUCACCGCCGAAUUGGAAGCCCUCGUCGUUCCAGCAAGAAGUCAGCUGGAGGUGGUCCCGAGGAACAGCACCGGAGGUGGUCGUCCUAUGAGCACAGUGAGCGCGGGUGGUAGCCUCGGUCGUGGAAGCAGGGCGCUGCAUCUUCAACAUCAUCAGAGCUCCCUGUCCGCCCUACACAUGACAGCCAAUCACUCGGGCACGGUCGAUAGACGCAGAUCCAGCCUCAGGACCUGCAGUCUUCUUUACUUGAAAAAGUUGUCGUGGAAGAGCUCACAGGGAUCGUUGAGCAGAGCCUUUGGUCUACGACCCAGGAGCGAAAAGGCCUCGCCAUCGUCUUCGUCGGACACCGGAAGCCUCGCCAGCCAGUACAUGAGCAGCGCCAGGAGCAACUCACCGCCACCCCCGCAAUUGCCGCCCAGACCCAUCACAGGCAACAAGAGACACCGUAGGGUGAAGAGCAUAGGCGACAUCGACUAUAUAACAAGCGCGGCAGUGAGCACCCCCGUUUGACAGGAGGGUAGGCCCCAACAUUCGGGGCCUUAUAGAAGCCUGAGCGAGCGAGGAUACUCCUCGUCGUAUUCCUCUUCGCAAUACGGCUCGUAUUCAGGCUAUAGCAACGUUCUACACGGCGACCAGUAUC